AUGCUGAUGACACAAACCGCAGUGCCGGCACUAGUUCAGGGUCAAAAGAGUAACGCCUACAGUUCUCGACAAAAACCCUCGCGCGAAAACCUCCGUUCCGAAUCUAGCAACUAUUACCCUUUACAACCGGCGUUGGACGAUUCCAACGUCGGCCAGUCCUACUCAACUUAUUCCCAGACCAUCGCAGCCACCUCCUCCCUCAUGAACGGCAUUGCGGGGACCGCCCCGCCGGGCACCAUGUACGUCCGAGCCCUGUACGACUACGAGGCCGACGACCGUACCAGUCUCAGCUUCCACGAAGGAGACGUCAUUCAGGUCAUUACGCAGCUGGAAAGCGGUUGGUGGGACGGCGUUAUCAACGGCGUACGCGGUUGGUUUCCAAGCAACUAUUGUCAGAUAAUCACGAGCCCCGAUGAAAUUCCCGACCAUGACCAGAAUGGCGAUCUUGGCCCUGUCGACGACGACCAAGAUGACCAAGAAGUCUAUGAUGAGCAGCUUGAGGAGGACGAUGAGUCGGAGUUGGACGAUCUUAACAACGCCCUUCCGCUCGAGGGCACCGACUUGAGCGACAAAUCGAGAGCCGAUUUCUGGAUUCCACAGGCAACCUCCGACGGCCGUCUUUUCUACUACAAUAUGAUGACAGGAGACAGGAGUAUGGAAUUGCCUUUAGAGUCACCCGUGUCGACCAACGAAACUGGUCCGCGCAAUAGGAUGAACGUCAAUGUUCCGGAAAAGACACGCCCACCCCCGGAGAUGAUGGCGAGAGGGCUGACGCAGGACGAGGAUGAGGACUCGGAGGCAAAUUCGGCAUCGGAGCUAGAGGGCGAGUCUCUCAUGCUUGCGUCUCGCGGAUCCUUGGCCUACUCGUGGCAGCCUCGCAAUCGACGAUCCAACAACGACAUGCUAUCCCCGUCCACGUCCAUGGACUCUAUGAACGGCAUCGCGCAAAUCACUCGGGGAGAGAACAAAUAUGUGAACCCGAACUUAGCACCAAGCACCACGCCCAUGAUAGCAUCUGCAACAUCGUUCACGAGCACGUCCUACAAUACGCCGCCCACCAGCACCGUUCCUCGGUCAUUCUUCGAUGAUGGCUCAGCGCCCCCCCUCACGUGGACUCGCCUCGUAUCCAACAUGCGCAGAGCUGUAGAUCGCUACCGUGACGCUAUCACAAGCAACAAUCGCUCCGAGUAUGUUGCACGAGCAGAGGAUAUAUCGGACCAUUUGAGACUGUUGCUCGCGGCUGGCUCGGGCACCACAGAUAACCACUCUGGCCAGCCUUCCAUCAUCUCAACAAACAAGGCCCUUUAUCCUCACUUCAGAGACAUGAUGUCCAAGUUUUCAAAGCUCGUAAUUUCUUCCCACAUCGCUGCGGCUGACUGGCCCAACGCCGAGUCGGUACAAAAGUGCCUGCAAGAAGCCGAUGGCGUUUUGCUUGGUGUCUUCAGCUAUGUGGAGAUCGCGCGACAGCAGAGGGGCGAGGAGAUUCCUCGUCUGUUCCCUGGCUUCGUUAUCGGCAGCUCCACGGGUGGCAGUUGGCAAAACAAUGGCUUGGGGGCGCGUGACCCCAUUACAGCCAACUUCCUCGAAGACGAGGAGGGUGUGGUCGAGCCAACAGCACUGCUAGAUGGUAAGCUUCUGGAGCGGCUUGAUGAGCUGAAGAGAAUGCUCGUAUUCAGCAUUCGAGAACUGGACAAGAACUUGGUCGUCGGGGACAAGAUCAUGAUGCCAUUCAAGCAUGAAGUGAUUGGUAACAACGUUUGUCUGGCGGGUGGAAAGGUUUUGGAGACUUUUAAACCAUGGAUCGCAGUCAUCGAAUCGAUCGACCUGUCUUCGUUGGGGAAUAGCUUUCAAACGCCGCAGCUGGCAGACUUCAGCACCAACAAGCAAAGUCUGUACGACAACAUGUCGGACCUCAUCUUGGGUUGUCAAGCAGUGGCCGGGCCACUGGCUGACGAAUGGGCAGAAGUGCGAGGUGAAGCUCUGGAAAGCCGUCUAGACUAUGUUCGACAGUGCGCAAAGGCGCUGGAGACGAACUCGUCACACAUCGGGUUCUCCUUGCAACUACUGUCGGAACAAGUUCAGAUCAACUUGCAGCAGCAGGCCGAAUCGCGGCAGAGGGAGGACGUGGCCCAACGGGAACAGCUGCGGAGGAACGAUACAAUGCCGUACGACAGACCCCAUCAGCGCACCGAAUCCCGAACCAUACCAGCUCGACCGCCGAUGAUAACUUCACAGUCCUUCACUGAAGGAGACGGUACUGGCAACUUCAGAGGAGGCGACUAUUCCAAGGUCAAGAAGAUUUUGGGCGACGACCCCAAUCCUCAGAGCAACUUGCCACCUGUCGAUGAUACUCCUGAAUUCCUGAAACUAGAUCACGAACCCGACCUUUCCUGGGACAACAAGCUGCAACCACCUGUGGUCAAAGGUGGCACCCUGGAAGCACUUGUCGAGCAACUCACCCGGCAUGACAAGCUGGACUCGAACUUUAACAAUACGUUCCUUCUUACGUACAGGUCGUUUACCACUGCCCAGGAUCUUUUCAAGCUGCUCGUCAACCGUUUCGGCAUUCAGCCUCCCGAGGGCCUCUCGCAAUCUGACUUCGAAGCAUGGCGUGACAGGAAACAGAAACUCAUUCGCUUCCGUGUUGUGAAUAUCUUGAAGAGUUGGUUUGACAACUUUUGGAUGGAAGACCACAACGAGGAAUCGAAGCAGCUCAUCCGAGAUGUCUAUACUUUUGCCAGAGAUACGGUCAAGUCAACCGAGACACCUGGGUCAGGGCCUCUCAUGACCGUUUUGGAUCAACGUCUCAGCGGUAAGGAGGCUGGAGCGCGACGCAUGGUUCAGACGUUGAAUCAAAAUACGCCGUCGCCUAUCAUGCCAAAGAACAUGAAGAAGUUGAAAUUCCUGGACAUUGACGUCACGGAGUUUGCUCGCCAACUUACGAUCAUCGAAUCGCGACUGUAUGGCAAGAUCAAGCCAACCGAAUGCCUCAACAAGACGUGGCAGAAGAAGGUUGCUGAAGGAGAACCUGAGCCUGCACCAAAUGUCAAGGCUCUCAUCUUGCAUUCAAAUCAAAUGACGAACUGGGUUGCGGAGAUGAUUUUGGCACAAAUGGAUGUGAAGAAGCGUGUCAUCGUCAUCAAGCACUUCGUUUCGGUAGCAGACAAAUGCCGAAGUCUCAACAACUUUUCUACGCUUACAUCAAUUAUUUCGGCGCUUGGAACUGCGCCAAUCGCGCGUCUCAAGCGGACUUGGGAUCAAGUCCCGCAAAGGACUCAAGGUGUCUUGGAGACGAUGAGGAAACUCAUGGCCAGCACCAAGAACUUUGGCGAGUAUAGAGAGGCUCUGCACGUGGCAAACCCGCCCUGCAUCCCCUUUUUUGGUGUUUAUUUGACUGAUCUAACCUUCAUUGAGGACGGUAUUCCGUCUGUCAUUAAAAAGACGAACCUCAUCAACUUCGCGAAGAGGGCUAAGACAGCUGAAGUUAUUCGUGAUAUCCAGCAGUAUCAGGCCGUCGGCUACUCCUUGCAACCUGUCCCCGAACUCCAGGACUACAUUAUCAGCAACAUGCAAGCCGCUGGAGAUGUACAUGAGAUGUACGACAAGAGUUUGCAGGUGGAGCCACGUGAGCGAGAAGACGAGAAAAUCGUGAGGGUACUUGCCGAGUCAGGCUUCCUAUGA